GAAAUGUAUUUUGUGGAAAAAAGUCUCAACAUGAUGGAAGUUGGUUGAAUGAGAAUGAAUCUUAACGUUUGUCAUUUUCAACAUGCCUCUCGAUUGGAGACUGAUUCAUCACGUUGAUAGGUUGAUUUUCAACAGGCCUCUCGAUUGGAGACUGAUUCAUCACGUUGAUAGGUUGAUUUUCAACAGGCCUCUCGAUUGGAGACUGAUUCAUCACGUUGAUAGGUUGAUUUUCAACAGGCCUCUCGAUUGGAGACUGAUUCAUCACGUUGAUAGGUUGAUUUUCAACAGGCCUCUCGAUUGGAGACUGAUUCAUCACGUUGAUAGGUUGAUUUUCAACAGGCCUCUCGAUUGGAGACUGAUUCAUCACGUUGAUAGGUUGAUUUUCAACAGGCCUCUCGAUUGGAGACUGAUUCACCACGUUGAUAGGUUGAUUUUCAACAGGCCUCUCGAUUGGAGACUGAUUCACCACGUUGAUAGGUUGAUUUUCAACAGGCCUCUCGAUUGGAGACUGAUUCACCACGUUGAUAGGUUGAUUUUCAACAGGCCUCUCGAUUGGAGACUGAUUCAUCACGUUGAUAGGUUGAUUUUCAACAGGCCUCUCGAUUGGAGACUGAUUCACCACAUUGAUAGGUUGAUUUUCAACAGGCCUCUCGAUUGGAGACAGAUUCACCACGUUGAUAGGUUGAUUUUCAACAGGCCUCUCGAUUGGAGACUGAUUCAUCACGUUGAUAGGUUGAUUUUCAACAUGCCUCUCGAUUGGAGACUGAUUCACCACGUUAAUAGGUUGAUUUUCAACAUGCCUCUCGAUUGGAGACAGAUUCACCACGUUGAUAGGUUGAUUUUCAACAGGCCUCUCGAUUGGAAACUGAUUCACCACGUUGAUAGGUUGAUUUUCAACAGGCCUCUCAAUUGGAGACUGAUUCAUCACGUUGAUAGGUUGAUUUUCAACAGGCCUCUCGAUUGGAGACUGAUUCAUCACGUUGAUAGGUUGAUUUUCAACAUGCCUCUCGAUUGGAGACUGAUUCACCACGUUAAUAGGUUGAUUUUCAACAUGCCUCUCGAUUGGAGACAGAUUCACCACGUUGAUAGGUUGAUUUUCAACAGGCCUCUCGAUUGGAGACUGAUUCACCACGUUGAUAGGUUGAUUUUCAUCAGGCCUCUCGAUUGGAGACUGAUUCACCACGUUGAUAGGUUGAUUUUCAACAGGCUCUCGAUUCGAUUCACGUUGAUAGGUUGA